AUGCGCUCCAAGAAGGCUGCUGCAAAGCGCAAGGGUAACCAGAAAUCUCUGCGCGAGAGAAGAGAUGUGGAUAUCAUGAACACGAAUGACAGCAGCAUUGUUUCCAAGAGAAGCGUCUCGAAACUCUAUCUCAGCAAUGAGCCUGACUUUUAUGAACCUUUUGUACCAAAGUUCGUUCGACGCAAUCCGUUGAUCAAUCGCGGGUAUUGGCUACGAAUGCAUGCUAUCGAACAAGUAGUCCGCCGGUUUCUGGAAGAAGAGAACGGAAAGCCCAAGAUUGUGGUGAACCUAGGAUGUGGAUAUGAUCCCUUGCCUUUCCAGUUUUGGCACAGGUAUCCGGCCCUCACGCAAUCAUCUACAUUCGUCGACGUGGACUAUCCACAAUUGAUGCAACGCAAGAGAGAUACCAUGCUCAGCAAUGGUCUUCUUCGAGACGCCUUGCUCAGGACCAAACUCCGUCAGUCCGAACAGCCUGUAUAUCUUCGUAGCGACAGUUACAUGGCUCUGGGAUGCGAUCUGAAAGACCUUGCCACACUCGAACGACUUCUGCGGGCCGAGUUCGAUGUCCCCUCGUCUUCAAUCCUGUUCGUCGCCGAAGUGUCUGUGACCUACAUGCCGCUAAAGGACUCUGAUGCUCUCAUACAGUGGGCUAGUACUAUCGAAGACGCUCGCUUCUGCAUACUAGAACAGUACCUUCCGCAGGGCCCAGCUCAUCCCUUUGCCAAGACAAUGCUGUCUCACUUCGACAAGCUACAAGCAUCAAUCAACGCGGUUAAGUUGCAUUCAUCACUAAAUCAGCAAGCCGCUCGUUUCCGUAAUGCAGGAUGGCCCACAAUAACCAUGGCCCGCAAUCUGUGGGAUCUAUGGUCUGAUGAUGGCUUUACCCCUCCCACUCUUAGACGCGGGCUGAAUGCAGUGGAGCCGUUUGACGAGUGGGAAGAGUUUGCGCUCUUUGGGGGUCAUUACUUCCUACUCGUCGCUUCAAAUGCAGAGCAAAGUAGACCGACCGAGUUAGCCUAUGGCGAGGCAACAGCCACCACAGGGCGCAGGAAAGCCGCUGAUGCGGCAAGUAUUACCCUUCACACCUUGAAAUUAUCGGGUGGUGGUGCCGUGACGCCACGUCGUUUCACAGCAGCUUUCGCUUUCGACAAGGACUCGGUGGCCGUCCACGGAGGACAAGGGACGCAAGCCCGUCUCGCCGAUAUGGACACACUGACGCGGGAGGAUCACAACGGGGAUCGUACCAUCCAGCCUUGUGGCUUGCUGCCUGCUGCCCGCGUAUGCCAUACUAUCACAUCAAUGCGCAACGGUGAAGCGUUGUUGGUCGGAGGCCGCGGAUCGCCUACCCAGGCUUAUGCAGAUUGCUGGCUCUUCAAUCAGGGAGCUUGGGCCAGAGUGGAUGACCUGGUGCCAGCCCGGUACCGCCAUUCUGCUGUUGCUGUUGUAUUAGGAAGUGGGGAAUCACAGAUCCAUGGCGUCUUUGUCUUUGGUGGCAAAGCCAGUGACGGCACAGUACUCGAUGCCGAACAUUACUGUGCCUUAUGGACUGCCAACGGCGGAUGGAACAGCAUUCCCGUCGACGGACCGCGCCCGUCUGCACGCUUCGCCGCCGCGAUUUCCACGAUCGAUUUUGCUCAAGAUUGGGGGUUACUGACGGGUGGAGCAGACGAGAGCGGCGUGGUCGUGCAAGACGCGGUGUGGGAGUGGUCCAUUUCCGCCACACCAACACCCAGGCUCAACUUUAAGGACCGCGCCAAUGACGUUCGCAGCAGCUUGGAGAACUCUGCAUGCGCGCGUAUAGGUGCCAGUCUAGUUCCCUGGAACGAUUCUCUGCUGUUGAUUGGAGGUGUUUCAAAGGAGCAUAUCCACUCUCUAUCAGACGACUUCCUGCUCUUAACAUGCAAGGACACGACCAUCGAGGUGGAGCAUCCCAGUAUGCAGGCCUUGCCGCCAACGAAAUGGCCUUUGCUAGUGGGUGUAGGGGCCGUUUCAACCUCUCGAGGCGAGAUUGUGCUUGCAGGAGGAGGGGCGGUCUGUUUCUCAAUGGGAAGUUACUGGAAUGAAGACCCGAUCAGCAUCCUUCCUGACAAUGCGCAAGGGGCCAAGUCGUGGCGUCGCGCUGUGCCGAGUCAGAUCAGCGGCACAGCAGGCACAGAAGGCACAGCACAAGCGAACACGACUGAAACGGGACCCAAAGGUCGGCGACAGAAAGGUGGUGUGGAGAAGAGGCCAAAAACUACUGCACGUACUACCGAGAUCGCAAGGGUACAGAUUGAGUCGUCAGAUGACUUUGCGAAGCUGGCGGCUACGUCAAAACCGGCCAUCAUCGAAGGCCUCGAUAUCGGCCCGUGCACAGACCUUUGGACACUUGACUAUCUGAAAGAAAAGCUUGGUCCAGCGAGAGAACUUGUCAUUCAUGAAUGCACAUCAGAUCGUAUGACGUUCAAGGACAAAAACUUCUCAUACGUCAAGAAAUCAGUGACAGAUUUCCUAGACGGUAUCGCAGAAGGGUCUCACGAAUAUCUUCGUGCUAUAUCUUCAAGCCAGCCAAACAAGCUGCCCACCAAACUCGAAGAUGACUUUCCGACUAUAUCCGAUGACUUCCGCGUACCAGACGUAUGCAAUCUAGUCAAGGAAAAUUACCACAGCUCGCCCCUUCGCAUCUCAGGGCCCGUGACCUUAUGGCUACACUACGAUGUUCUAUCCAACAUUCUGUGUCAAGUCCGCGGUUCAAAAACGCUAUUUCUCUACCCACCUACCGAUGUUUCUCUAUUAGGCUUCCCUCCUGGGGGCUCGUCUUCCAAUAUUGAUGUCCUGACGUCCAAAGACCAAAGGCUUCGGCGCACUCAUCCGCACAUUGCUUCACUCAAGCCUGGUGAUGUCUUAUUCAUACCACCCAUGUGGAGUCAUACAGCUACGCCGGAAGAUGGCGUGAGCGUGGCAGUCAAUGUGUUCUGGAAGGGCUUGGAGAAAGGAUACGCGGCUGGGAAAGACGUAUAUGGUAACAGGGACCUGCAAGCAUAUGAGAAUGGGAGAAGAGAUGUAGAGAAGAUCGUUAGAGCGUUCAAAGAUCUGCCAGUCGACGUCUCCAAGUUCUAUUUGGAGAGACUGGCUGGUGAGAUUCUGGAGCGGUCGGAUAAGCUAGGAGUGAAGAGGAAGGAAAUCGUGAAAGAGGACCAACAGUAG